UACGGUCAAGAAAGAAACGCAAACCGUAUACGCGUUACCAAACAAUGGUUUUAGAAAAUGAAUUUAUGGGCAAUGCAUAUAUUACAAGACAGAAACGUUGGGAAAUUUCUUGUAAACUACAUUUGACAGAAAGACAAGUGAAAGUUUGGUUUCAAAAUAGACGUAUGAAGAAAAAGAAAUUACAGUCACGUAAUCACAAUCCAACUGGUAAUAAUAAUGGAAUAACCAGUAGUCUUUCAGAAACUGGUAAUGAUAUCACCGGUAAAGAAAGUAUUGAAUGCAUGCUAGAAGAUGGAGAUGAUGAUGAAGAAGAGGAUGAUGAAGACGGGCAAAUUGAAGAUGACGAAGAUGACGAGGAAGAAGAAGAGGAUGAUGAGGGGGAAGAAGUGGGAGAAGAUGAAGAAAAGAAAGAAAUUGAAGGCAAUCAUCAUCCUCAUGAACAACAAUACAAUCGAAUUAUAAAUAAUUUUGACAGUCAUCGUCAUCACUAUAGCAACAAUAAUAAUAAUAACAAUAAUGAAAUGAACUUAAGAGGACAGUUAAAACAAAUUGCAUUUAUGAAAAAAAUAGAUAAAACUUCGGAUUCAACUAUUGAAGAAUAUGAUGAAGAUUCUGCAAGAAGUGAGAAGUUCAAAAUUGAACAUGAAUUUCUUAAUUUAAGUUCAGAUAUCUAUCCUAAUGCAUCAUCAUGCUUUAUUGAAUCAAUGAAUGAUUAUGAAAGUAAUCAUCUAACAAUUACAGAUAUAAGUAAUAAUAAUAAUAAACUUUAUAAUCGUAUGAAAUUUAAUAAAUUCUCCCAUGAAUUAUUCCCUCCAUUUUACUAUAAUUCAUCAAUUGAGAAUAAUUUAAUUAAUUCAGAUUUCAAUUUUAAUCCAGUCAAUAUGAAUCGUGAUUUAUUAUUUGAUCCUUUAAAAGAAUCGUUGAGAAACCAAUUAGUUAAUCCAAGUCAAAAUAGACAUUUAAGUCCUCAUAUGGGAUGGCCAUUGGUUAGUAAUAAUAAUAACAAUAACAAUAAUGAUAAUAACAUUAUUAAAGAAUACGAUAUGAAUUUAUCGUCACCAUCAUUAUCAGCGUCAAUCCCAACAAUAAAAACAUCCAUUGAAUCAACAAAUCAUUUCACAAGAUUAUCUUCUUCUCCAAAAUUAGAUUUACAGACAGACUAUCAUCCAAUAUGUUCAAUGUUUAAUAGUUCUUCCCAUCCAACAGUUGAUUUAAAAUCAAAUUACUUAACAUCUAACCGUCGAUUACAACAAAGAGCUGAUGUUCAUCACAACCAAUUGCAUAAACAGUGUUUAAAUAUCAAUCAAUCUGAAAUAUGUGAUUUUAUACAUUCAAAUGGAAGUUCUAGAGGAAAUGAUUUUGUUCUACAAUUGACUGAACAUAAUUUAUCAGGUAGUCAGUUAGACAAAACUAAUUUAUCUCUUGAUAAUCAAUUGAGUUCAACCAGGAUUCAUAGUUCAAUGUUACAUGUAAAUUCGAAUUGUUUGUCUAAAACAUGUCCAACAGAAAAUUAUUCUCAAAAAUCACUGAACUGUAAUGAAAAUUUUAAUACAUUACCACAGUUGAAUCCACAUAUUUUGUAUGAUAGUAAUGAAUCAACCGUAGAUCUAACUACUAAUACUGCUAUAACCACAAAUAUUAAUACUCCUACAUCAGUAGGUGUACCUUCAAGAAGCAGAAUGAACAUUAUGAACUACAAUUUAAAUCCAUUUGCAGUAAAUGACUCUGAUUAUUAUAUGGGUCCAGUAGAGUCUAAUCACAGUUAUACAUUUAAUCUUGACUGUUCACCAAUCUCUCAUUACUCCUUUUUACCUACCUUAACAACGACAUCAACAUUAGGAACACCACUAACUACCUGUUGGCCUUCUAUAUCCACAUCAACUACUAAUAAAUUCUUGUCACCUCCAGGGUCAUAUCCCUUACAAUCAAUCAAUCCUGAUACGGAAGUGAGUGCGACGGCAUCAGAUGAUAUCGAUCAAAGUAGUGAGUCAUUUUCAAGUAGCAUAGAUCAUGAAGUGUCAUUUCGAAAAAAUAUAUUUCAUUCCUUAAAAUGCUCUACAACUGAUCCAAAUAAUUGUGAAUUAGACCAAUCUAAUUUAUCUUAUUUACCAACAUCGAUGAAUGUAUAUAAUGCAUUCUCGAAGGGUUCACAUAAUUCAAAUCAAUUGAAUUUCUCUGAUAGUAAUGAUUCAUGUACUUUCUCAACUUAUACUUCACAACUUAGUUCAUGUAAUAUGAAUGCAAAUGAAACAAUCAAUUCAUAUUUACCUGAAACAGAUUUUCACUUGAUUACUGAUCGUGGUCAAGAUGAUCAUUCUAUAAAACAAAAUCCUUCAUUAACACAUUACUCAUUACCAUCUAGUACAAAUUUAUCUCCAUUACAUCAAUUAAACAAUGUAUUUAAUCAAGUUAAUCAUAGCGAUUUUAAUUCAAUGUUUUAUUCACCAUAUUUACAUAAUUCAAAUUCAUUUGGUUAUUCAAUAGCUGGACAUGAUAUGUUAACUAUUACCGAUUCAUAUAAUCCUGUUUUAAAUAAUUUAACACAAUCAAUAAAUCAGUCUUUCAAUCAAUCUCCUAAUAUAACUCCUGUUAAUAGUAGUAGUAGUGGUACAUUUACAAUGAAUACUACUAUUAAUUUAGGCAAUUUAUGUAAUACAACCAAUAUAAAUAAUGUCACUCUACCAUUCCCAAUGAUUUCUACGAAUACACAUUCAUUAAACUUAUCUUCUACAUGAUACAUUUGAAUUCCAAUAAUCUUACAAUAAUUGUAUGGAUAUGUAUAUUUUAAAAUCAGUAUUCUAUGAACAAUAUAAUUUCUAGUCUCAUUUAACAAACUUUUUU